AUUUGGUUCGUUGAUCAGACGUUGGUUGGUGCAUCCGGUUUCUUCGCGGGAUAUAGGCUUAUUUUCAACAAGACAAUGCCACCAAAAAUGAAAUUUGUGGAAGGAGAGAAGGUUCUCUGUUUUCAUGGACCACUUCUAUAUGAAGCAAAGUGUGUGAAGCAUGAAACAAAAGACAACAAGGUCAGAUACUUCAUCCAUUACAAUGGCUGGAACAAAAAUUGGGAUGAAUGGGUACCAGAAAGCAGAGUGUUGAAAUGUAACGAUGCAGGUCAGAUGAAACAGAGAGAGUUACAUAAAGCUCACCAGCAGCGAAGACAGGCAAGGGCUUACUCAAGAAAGCAAGAGAAAGAGAAGGAAAAGGAGAAGGAAAAAGAAAAAGACAAGGACAAAGACAAGGAUAAAGAUAAAGAAAAAGACAAAGAAAAGAAGGAAAAAGAAAAGGACAAAAAGGACAAAGACAAGGAAAAGGACAAAAAAGAAAAGGAAAAAGAUAAAGAAAGAAAAGAGAAAGAGAAAGAAAAAAAAGAAAAGGACAAAGACAGAGAAAAAGAAAAGGAAAAAGACAAAGAAAAAGAAAAAGAUAAAGAACGAUCAGAAACACCCACCAUUGAAAAGGGCUCUAAGCAAAGAGGAGGUUCUGUCAGUUCCCAGUCAAGUACAUCGGCCAGUAAACAGGAGUCGAGUGGUACAGAGGCACCUGCUGCCGAACUCAAACGCAAGAGGGCCAAAUCGGAUUUAGUUUCAGAAUUGACGCCAACAUCAGAGCCGUCGACUGGAACUCCAACUUCCUCAAACACAGACCAACAGAAGAGGAAACGAAUGCGAGCAGAAACACCUUCAGAUCCAACUCCCGUGUCUACACCGACACCAGAGCCUGUUGCACCUGUCACAUCCAUUAUCCCGACAACAACAGCAGCCACCGCAUCCACAACUGUUGGUUCAGUAGCCACACCCACAACUGCUGAUCAGAAGAGGAAGCGUACGAGAGGUGCAGUGGAGGCCGUUAUUGAAUCGGAGGAAGCAUACCUAGCCAAAGUAGAAGUUAAAAUAAAAAUACCUGAUGAACUAAAACCGUGGUUAGUGGAUGACUGGGAUCUCAUUACACGACAAAAACAGUUAGUAUCACUUCCCUGUAAAUCAACUGUUGACAAUAUUCUGGAUGAAUAUGUAAAAAGCAAGACAACCAAGGGUAACAGUUGUAACAAAGAUGCAGUCAUUGAAGUUACACAAGGAAUCCGAGAAUACUUUAAUGUUAUGCUAGGCACACAACUUCUCUACAAAUUUGAAAGGCCGCAAUAUGGUGAGAUAGUAAAGGAACAUUCUGACAAACCAAUGUCCAGUAUAUAUGGUGCUGUUCAUCUAUUACGACUAUUUGUCUCCAUCAAAGUAAAACUUGGUGGCAUGCUGGCCUAUACCUCCUUAGAUGAGAAAAGCAUUCAACUUCUACUGACCCACCUGCAGGAUUUCCUGAGGUACAUGCAGAAAAACUCUGCCAUCCUGCUGAACAUGAAUGAUUUCAUAGUGGCACCUCCAGAUUACCAUCGAAAGGCCAUUUUAUGAAGACAUUAUAACUUACAUCUCAACUUGUAUGUUUUACUUUCAAUGGAGGAUGGAAUCAUGACCUGGCAGAGACACUUAAUCUGAACUGUGGAGUCAAAUUAAUUCUGAAAAUUUUAUGUUGGGUUUCCAUAUACACUAUACUGCAAUUUACCUUAGACAUUUAAAUUUUAAUCAAUGGAAGCAUUGAUAGUAUGAUGUCCAUAUUUGACAUUGUGAACUUGAAAUUUGGAUCCAAUUUUAGAGGUACUACUGUUAAUUAUUACUUUUAAAAGCAUGAUAUAUGAUGAGUAAUGACAAAAUUAUGAUGUACAUGUAAUUAAUUUCAAAUCACGAGAAUAAUCAGUCUUUUUUUCUGAAAUGAAACUCAUUUGUAUUGAUUCACUACUGUACAGUUAACAUUUCUCCGAAUCGGAGAUUUUAGUUCUGCAGCAUUGCACAAUUUACUGCAAAUAAAAUUGCAAAAUCCUUACACAGUAAGGAGGGUGAGAUUUUAGACCCAGAUUAUGGCAUGGUAGUUAAUUCCAAGAUCUAAUUUAUUACACUGUGUG